CCGUUCUUAUAAAUCACCAUUCCUAACAUAUCAUUGCAAGCAAGAUGUCCUCCGCUCAGGGCAAGACUGUUCUCGCUACCGGCGCCGCCGGUGGUCUCGGCAAGGUGAUUGCUGAGACCUUCCUCGCUGCUGGCGCCAACGUUAUCAUCUGCGAUGUCAACCAGCAGCGUAAUUCGGCUGUCGAGGAGGAGUGGACCAGGACCUAUGCCGACCGCUUCCUUAUCAAGCAAACCGACGUGUCCAAUGAGGCUGCGGUCCAGGAGCUCAUCGACGCUUCCGUCGCCAAGUUCGGCCGCCUCGACGUCCUUGUCAACAAUGCGGCCAUCAUGGAUGACUUUUCCCCGGCUGGCGACUGCUCCAAGGAGCUUUGGGACCGCGUCAUGGCCAUCAACCUUACCGGUCCUUUCCUCACCACCAAGGCCGCGGUGAAGCAAUUCGAGAAGCAGAAGCAAGCCGGAGGCAUCAUCAUCAACAUUGGCUCCAACGCCAGCUACAUGGGCUUCCAGUCCGGCGCCGCCUACACCGUUUCCAAGGCCGGCAUCAUGGCGCUAACCAAGAACACGGCCGGCUUCUACGCCGACAAAGGCAUCUACACCAUGGCUUUGCUGCUGGGCGGCCUGACCGGCACUAAUAUUGUCGAUUCCUUUGCCAAAGGCAUGCACAUGGAAAUGUAUCAGAAGGUCAUGGCCAACCAAUCGCCCUUUGAACCGGGCAAGAACGAUACCCCUCUAGAGUCCAUUGCCAAGUACUGCCUCUUCUUGUCGCAGAGCGAUAUUGCGCCCGUGUCGAACGGUUCUUGCGUUGUUUUCAACAAAAAUUGGCCUGUUGCGUAAAAUGUCUCUGGAGGUUGUUGGGCAGAUGAAAGCUCACAAGGGAUGGUAGAAGG